UUUUAAAUAGACGGCAGUUUAAUAACAAGAACUUUUGAAAAGGACAUGAAAUUAUGUGAAGAUGGUCCCCCGAAAGGCCAGGCUACUUUGCAUAAUAUCCAUGUGUCUUGUAGUUAUAAUUAUUGACUACGAGUAUAACACAGAUACAGCUCUAGUGCUGUCGUACCUGAAGCAAGCGAACAAAAUGGCGGACGAGCUGCGGGCCAUCGCCAGCCAGAGGACGGGCGAGGGCGCGGGCGACACGGCGGCUGGCGACCUCGGCGAGCAUCUCUCCGUCGGGGAUCCUUCGGCCCAGAACACCUCCUCUUGGCCCCGCCCCCCUCCCUCGGGCCCCCUGAGGAGAGGCGGCGCGAUUCAGGCCCCCGGCGAGCAGCCCGAACUCCGCCAGUCCGUCCUGCUGCUAAGUUCCGUCGGGAGAAGCGGCUCCAGCUUCCUGGGUGAGGUCCUGGCGUCGCAGGAGAGGAACAUGUACUUCUACGAGCCCUUGCGGAUCCUUCGGCUGGUCCAGCGCGCCGACGGGGCUCUCGUGCGGGCGGAACUCCGGAGGUACUUCGGCUGCGAGAUUCCGGCCGCCUUCCUGGCCUCGGCGAAGGAGCCGUACAAGGCGGUGCGGCACGCGGCCACCAAGGGCAAGGCGCGGCGCGAGGUGUCCGCCGAGGAGGUCCGGCGGCGCUGCAGGAGGGAGCCGAUGAGGAUUGUCAAGACGAUCCGCACGCGCCUGGAGUGGACGCGGGAGCUCCUCGACGACGAGCAACUCAACCUGAAAGUGAUCCACCUCGUGCGCGACCCCCGGGGCAGCGUCGUCUCCAUGGCCGCCGUCGACUGGAACACCGACGUCGAGAACGCCUGCUCUGCGAUCUGGCGGGAUCUUCAGCUGAGAGAGGAAAUGCAGAGAAAAUAUCCCGACAAAUAUUUCUUCGUAAAGUACGAGGAGUUCUGCCUCGACCCCUACAGGAAGACGCGAGAGAUCCUCCGGUUCCUGCGCGGCGGCGGGGACCAAGGACGAGACCAGAUGCGGGACCAGAGAGGGUACCAGGGAAGGGACCAGGGAAGAGACCGACUUGGGGACCAGGGAAGAGACCAGGGAAGGGACCAGGGAAGAGACCGACUUGGGGACCAGGGAGAGGGCCAGGAGAGAGACCAGGGAAGGGACCGGGAAAGAGACCGACGUAGGGACCAGGGAGAGGACCAGGAAGGGACGCUGAGGGGGUACCAAGAAGAGGACCAGAAAGAGGACGAAGGGGACUCCUCGCAGGCCCUCGGAGCUGAGCCUCGACCGCCUCCCGCCUCAGAGGACCUUCCUGCCGAAGUGCUCCUGUACCUCGACUCCCACGUGCACCUCGCCCCUGCCGCCCGAAGGAGCCCCUGGACUACCGCGCGCGAAACUUCGGCCGUGCACCAGCAGUGGCGCCGGAAGAUCACGCAGGCGAAGCUGACGAAGGCGGAAGACGCGUGCAGGGACGUCAUCCUCCGCCUCAACUACAGGUUCUUCGGCAGCGUCGCCGUCGCCAGGAACAUGUCCUUGUCUGUGUUUGAUUAUUCCUGA